UCAAUGAAAAAUUAAUGGUCUCCUCCCCAAGUUUUUCUCUCUUAUUAUAAAUUAUUUAUCAAUACACAUCAUUACUAUUUAGUCUCUCAUGUAAUCAAACCAUAACGAGCCAAACAAUUCCAAUGGACAAAAUUAAGUACCACCCUACUUUUGUUUUUGUUCGAGAAGCCAUUUCACUCAGAUAUACUUCACAGUAAAGAAAAGACUAUUGCAACUUUGUUUUUACUGUAACUUUAAAGUAGUCUGUGGCCAUAAUAAAGUGUUAUAAAGUUUUUUCUUUGUGUGUGUGCCUGUGUGUGUGACAAAGCUUGUUUGUUGUACAUAGUAUCAUAAAAAUGCCUCAAACUAAAAUGAAAAGAUUUUGAGAAAAGGUUCCUGAGCCCUUGUAAAAAUACUUUUUGCAUCCAAACAUCGUAGUAGUUUUUAUAUUUUCAGCACAUCAUUGAACAACAUGUUUAAAUAUGCUAAAUAUAACUAUUUCACCAAGAAAUACAAUUCAUUUGACAUCUAUUUUAUCACUUUAGUGAAAUGUCAUUUUUAGUUUGUUCAGUCGUUGUGACGUCAUAUGUCUGCGUCGCGGUCCUGCGUCUGUUGUGAUUCGGCUGAAGAAAGAGUGUCCAAACACACAGAAGAAUUCCUGGUGAGAAACUGAGAUCCACGUGACACACUAUUAUCAAGAUGGCGUUUAUUAAAGAGGAGAGUGAAGACAUGAGGAUUGAAGAAACAUUCAGAGUGAAACAAGAAGAUACUGAGGAACAAACAGACCUGAUAGUACUGAAAGAAGAAAGUCAAGAACUGAUGGAAGAAAAAGAUCAAUAUGAGAAACAUCAUGAGAUCAUAACUGGAGAAAAAUCCACACAGACUGAAAAGACUUCCUCACGAAAAAGAGCUCAAAAGACUGAUGAACCUAACAGUUGUUUUACCUGCAGUCAAUGUGGAAAGAGUUUCAAUCAAAAACAAAACCUUGAAGUCCACAUGAGAAUUCACACUGGAGAGAAGCCUUUCAGCUGCCAACAGUGUGGAAAACGUUUCACUCAAAAAGGAAACCUUAAAAGCCACUUGAGAAUUCACACUGGAGAGAAGCCUUAUACCUGCCAACAGUGUGGAAAGAGCUUCACAGCAGAACCAAACCUUAGGUAUCACAUGAACAUUCACAAUGGCGUAAAGCCGUUCACAUGUGAUCAGUGUGGAAAGAGUUUUACACGUAAAGUAACCCUUAAUUACCACAUGAGAAUUCACUCAAGAGAGAACGUUUUAAUAUGUCAUCACUGUGGAAAGUGUUUCAGUCAUAAAGUAAGCCUCAAGACUCAUAUGAGACUUCACACGGGAGAGAAGCCUUACACAUGCCUUCAUUGCGGAAUAAGUUUCACUUUUAAAGCAUCACUUGAUUCCCAUAUGGGAAGUCACACUGGACAGAGCCCUUUCAGCUGCAAAGUGUGUGGGAAGAGCUUCUCACUAAAAGGAAAUCUUAAGACUCACAUGAGAAUUCACACUGGAGAGAAGCCUUUCAUAUGUGUUCAGUGUGGAAAAUGCUUCACACGUAAAGUAACCUUAAAUUGCCACAUGAAGAUUCACUCAAGAGAAGACUGUUAUAUAUGUCAUCAGUGUGGAAAGAGUUUCCCAGAUAUGAAAUGCCUGAACAGGCAUGUGAUAAUUCACUCUGGAGAGAAGCCUUUCAAAUGCCAGCAGUGUGGAAGGGGUUUCAAAUUCAAUAAAAAUCUUAAGGCUCACAUGAGAAUUCACAGCAGAGAGAAGCCUUUCAAAUGCCAUUCCUGUGAAAAGAGUUUCAGUCAUAAAGUAAGCCUUAAGACUCACAUGAGACUUCACACUGGAGAGAAGCCUUACACAUGCCCUCAGUGCGGAAAGAGUUUCACAUAUACUGCAACCCUUAAUGCCCAUGUGAGGAUUCACACUGGAGAGAGGCCGUUCAAAUGUGGUCAGUGUGGAAAGAGUUUCACACGUAAAGGAAACCUUAAUUACCACAUGAAGAUUCACUCAAGAGAGAACUGUUUUAUAUGUCAGCAGUGUGGAAUAAGUUUUACAGACAGGAAUAACCUUAAGAAUCAUGUUAUAACUCACACCGGAGAGAAGCCUUUUAUGUGCCAUCACUGUGGAAAGAGUUGCACAAACAAAGCAAAUCUCGAGGUUCACGUAAGAGUUCACACUGGAGAGAAGCCUUUCACCUGUCCUCAGUGUGGGAAGAGUUUCACACUUAAAGGAAAUCUUAAGACUCACAUAAGAGUUCACACUGGAGAGAAGCCUUUUAUGUGUCUUGAGUGUGAGAAGAGUUUCACAUAUCAAAAAGACCUGAAACGUCAUUUGCAAACACAUUCCGGAAAGAAGAUGCAGUGUUGUGAGUGUGGUAAAACAUUUGGAAAAAGUAGCAAUUUCAACAAUCACCUGCGCAUUCACUCUGGAGGAAGGAGAUUUAAUUGUGAUCAGUGUAAUAAAAAGUUUCUUUUGCCAUCACACUUACAGAUUCACCUGAAAAGUCAUACAUAUGUGAGACCCUAUUUGUGUUCCUUGUGUGGAAAGAGUUUUAAAUGGCCCAGCAAUUUAAAAUGGCACCAGAAAAUACGGAUCUGUGUGAAAUUAAGUCUAGGUUCACCCCGUAGCAGAAUGUGGGGCAAAUCUCAUUAUCCACCUUCAUGACUAUUUGCAUCCUUCACCUCUGUAUACGUUGCCUUGAGGCUUUUAUUUUCGUUUGUCAUGUACAUAUGAACUUUUGCAGCCACACCUCACCAUCUCUUUUUCUAUAGUUUAAAAUAGGGAUGCACUGAUACCAGUUUUUAAGGACCGAGUACGAGUACCGAUACUUUUUUCUAGUACUCGCCGAUACCGAUGUACGGAAGAGGAUUAGGGCCAA